AUGGCUGAACCAACUAGCCUCAUCUCCAAAUUCGUGUCCAGCGUUGCCAGUGUCCAGAACGAGCUGCAACUAGCAGUGGCUACUCUCAAUCUCGACUUUACCCUUGUGAGACUGGAAGCGCCCAAAGAGUACAGCGGCGUCGCCACCACUCUCGCCGAAGACAGGAAGGAGAAUGCCGAGUCUGGAAGUCUUCAUCGAACGGCACGGAAGCUCGGGGCCUUGUUCGACGGCAUUCCUCCGUCAACCCCAGCACUCCUUCGCGCCUACGGAUCGAGAGUUUCCGAAAUCUGCGAAAAGGAGAAGAUUGAUCCCCUGGAGCGUGCACGCCAUGGCAUAUUCUCGAGAUUUGUUGGUGUUGACUCGGCAAGCAUCUGGGCUGCCGCUACGUCGGGAAAUAAUGCCAUUGCCGUCCAUCUCCUGGCUUGUAUGCUUGCUGAGAUCUUCGACGCGCCUCAGGCUGUGUCUCUCUGGAUGGAGCUUAUCGAAAGGCGCAAGGCAGACAUUGAAAUGACCAUCGGCGACGAGACAGACCAGUCAAGGGCCAUCGCAAAAGCCUGCGCAGCAAAGCAGGAUAUUGCCAGGCCCGAAGUGGCCGCCUGGGAUAACAGUGCCAGGGCAUGGCUGCGAACGGCCAACGAGGCCAAGGCCGUCGAGAGACGAAGAGCGCUUCUCGAGACCGAGAGCGUCGGCGCAAUUGUCAGCACUCUCCCCGAUAUGUACGAAAGCACAAUUCGCGCCUGGAAGGAUGCCAUGAGCACCAUGGAUCUUCUCAUCAGAGGCACGCCGCAGCGAGGGAGCAACGGCGCGGUGCUGCUGGCUAUGAAUUCCUGGCAUCUCUUCCCUAACCUGUGCGUCCUGAGCCGAGGCCCAAACAUCAUCACCCAGGAUGACCAUCUCGUCGGGAAAACGGGGAUCCUGACCAUCGACUUUGAGACGGCAGACGGCGACUCGGGUGGCAUCUCCUGGUCGGUGCCACUGUCCUACCUGAGAUAUUACGGAAGGCCUAUCGUAGUGAAACAAAAGCUUAGCCUCGAAACGAGUCGUGUAACCGUGGAGCAGUUCCGAUUCGUUGUCCUGGGCUGCAUCUUCUCAACAUGGCUGGACUUCAAUUCGUCAGCAGACCAUGCCAUUUCAUGGGCGUGCAUGCUUCUGGACGUGCUGCGGUCGCCCGAGCCAACCAACAAUCGACAGCAGCUCGCCUUGAUGCGCCAAAUCGCGUCGCCUUCUUCAUGGAUCGGAUAUCUAUUGCAUGCCGCAGACGAGCUCCAAGGUGCUGAGCCUUCGGAAAUCGAAACGCCCUUGAAGCUUCUCCGACUUGGACAUCGGAAGCGACGAUUUCUAUGCGAUGUAGCGCAUCAUCCUCCGCCAUUGUUCGGACUUGCUCAAGUCAACAACCUCUUCUCCGUCUUGUCUGGCUCCGAGACUCUCAUUAAAUACCUAAGGGAGUUCGCCAAAGACGUUGGCCUUGAGCGCAGCUCACACAUCAUCUGCUACAAGCAUACACAAAAGGUCCGGAACUCGACUGUCAGCGUAUGGGAGUUUGCGUCCAUCGCCACGUUUGUAGGUGACGUUGCUUCUCGAGACUCGAAAGGGCGUGUUGUUCCGAAUGCCUUGUCCAUCCCCGACAAACCAGUCCGCUGGAUAAUUGUUUCAUCAGACUCGCAGCGAUGCCAGCCCUCGAUUCAUGGUUGUCCGUGCGAGAUCCACCGACCGACAAACUGCGCCUGCUGGAGGGUUGGGGGUUGCUCGCUGUAUUGCCACGACUGGUCUAAGGAAGAACCCUGCGGAUCUCUGCAUCAGGGAGUUCUGUGGGAGAGGGUUCAAGCAAUCACAAACGCCGGCGAGCUAUGCUUUCCUGCGUGCGAGAGUUUUCUUGCCCUACCUGGCGUCAGGCAAGUCAUGUUUAGCCCCGGCGAUGAUUUCAGAAGCGGACUGGCAGCAGCCGGUGAGUCUGAAAAUCCAGAGAGGGCCGCAACUGUCUUCCUCAGAUUUCGAUACGGAGAUCCAGAGACAGCCUUCAUCCUCGAGCGAUAUGACUAUGUCCGAGACAAUAACAAGCCCCCUUACCCGGCUAAUACCACAAUGCCCGAGAAAACCUUGGCCACUCUGUUCUCCUCUCGCGCUUUCGACUACACCGCCCUCGCGUCAUACCUUCAAAACCAUCAUACGGAAUACCAAAACACCAUCGUAGCGUGUGCUAAUGCCACUGAGAUUUUCAAAUGCCUUCCUGGAAUGACAAUAUCGCUUUCCAUACUCGAGCGGCCUCAGCCUCUCAGUCAAGCGAGAUGGGUCAACGUCCCCAACAUGUCAGAGAGAGGCCGCCGCAGCGCCUCCAGCUGGCUAAAAAGCCGAAUAUUCUCCUGCUUGGCAAUGUUCGAAUCUGGGAGCUUGGACAUUGACCCUAGCAACCUCACGAAUGUCUUCGCAAUGUCAUCUAGCAACUCGAUAUUUGUUGCCAGCUCAAUGCUGUGCGACCCGUACGAAACUACAAGCGAGAUGGAAAUCCAGCGAGUCCAUGGCAACAUUGGCCAGCCUGGAGUCUCGUUUCUCGUGCCUCCGCCGGAGCCUGUGGUUCAGAAGCCCGACAUCGGCAACUGGGCUGUGCUGAACUAUGCCCCGUUCCGAGGCGAAUGCGAGGACAACUUCUCUCUGACAUCCAUCCAUCUUCGUCUGACAGAAUACGAACUCCCCUUAUCUGGCUUACAAGACAACCAUCUCAUUGACCGUCCAGCGCGUAUCCUGGAGGCUCUCGCUCAGGUCUAUGACGGCCCCAAAUGGGUCGCAGAUCUGGACAUCCUGGGUGCUCUCAAGCGAAUUCACUGCCUCCAGUGUAGAUGCAACACCUUGGAAGCGAAGAGCGCGUACUCGGAGGUAUUCAGAGGAAAGUCGGGUGUGGUUUCAAUUGACAAUUGGGAUGAAUUUCUCACUGAACAAACCGACAACCGGGUCUAUGCGGUAAGGUCCUUCGAGAAUUGGCUGGCAAGGCUUGCUACGACAUGUGUCGGCGUGCAACUCGGCUAUAAAGUCUCGGUUUUGCCUCGAGAUGUUUGUUGGCACUGCGUGAAAGCGUAUAUUACCAAUGGUCAUCAGGUAUUCAUCCUGUAA